AUGGCCAAAGAGACACUCAAAGCUGCUUUUGAUCGCUUCAAGGGGGUAGAUCAUAAGAAGCUUCACCAGAAGAAGCUGCAAAAGCAGGCCGAGAAGAGGAAGCUGAAGAAGCAACGUGCUGAAGUUGAUGUUGGUGCUCUGGAAGAUGUUGUGGCGGGCGCAGAGGAGGAUGCGAAUGCGCAACGCCUAGCCGCAGAUCAAGAGGAGCUUGACCGCGAAAAGGUUGCCGCAGACGAAGCGCAAAGAGUUGCAGAGGCGGACGGUGAGACGCCAGGCUGGGAGACCGACGAAAGCGAGGAUGCCGAUGAAGACGAAGACGCUGACGGAGGCGUCACGCUUGAGACGUUCGACGACGAGUCCGAGUCAGAUUCUGAAGCGGACCUGACGUUUUACACGGCUGCGGAACCCUCGCCUCAGAAAGCACGGAUGAUCGAUGAUGUUGCGAUUGAUGGUGGAGACGAGGAAGAGGACGACAUUCCACUUUCAGACAUUGACUCAUUAGCGUCUGAUGAGCGAGGCGAUGUAAUACCGCAUCAGCGACUGACAAUCAACAAUACGGCCGCCCUACAGCGGUCACUGAAGUCCUUCGCUCUCCCAUCCAGCCUGCCGUUCUCAGCAACACAAUCAGUCACUUCCGCGGAACCUGUGGAGAUAGCUGACGUGGAGGACGACCUUUCCCGCGAACAAGCCUUCUACCGACAGUCUCUGGAUGCUGUGAAGGAGGCACGAAUACAGCUGAAGAAGGAAGGCGUUCCCUUCUCGCGCCCGGCAGACUACUUUGCCGAGAUGGUGAAGUCUGAGGAGCAGAUGGGUAAGGUGCGAGCGAAGAUGGUCGAUGAGGCUGCGAGGAGAAAGGCAAGCUCGGAUGCGAGACGGCAGCGAGACCUUAAGAAGUUCGGCAAGGCAGUGCAGGUGGCGAAACUACAGGAGCGAGAUAAGGCGAAGCGAGACACUCUGGAUAAGAUUAAUUCGCUUAAGAGAAAACGGCAAGGUGGCGCAAGCCUCAAUGCUAAGGAGGACGACAUGUUCGACGUGGCAUUGGAAGACGCCGCUGAGACCGAGAAGAAGGACCGUACGGAACGAAGAGCGAGCGGCGCUGGUGCGGGCAGGAAGCGACAGAAGAAAGACGAGAAGUUUGGUUUUGGUGGAAAGAAGAGGUUUGCUAAGAGUAAUGAUGCGAGGUCAGGCGGCGACCUGAGUGGUUACUCCGUGAAGAGGAUGAAGGGUGGC